AUGGGGGAGGCAUGGCCGGAGAAGCACAAGCUUGCCAAGGCUUGGGAUGGGUGUGAGAUUGCAAGGGAUCGAAUGAGGACCCAGGGAAGGCUUCUGGAUUGGCCAAGUGCAUCAAGCACAGGGGUCGCUACGAAGGUCACCCUGAAGCUCAACAGAUUCGUUGUUCGCCCGACAAUGCAGAGCUGGGUCGACGUGAAGGAGGUCCACCGAUUGCUCGUACCCUCGCCAGACACCGUCAAGAUUUACGUCGACGAAUGGGGUUUGAAGAGGUUGAUGAGCUAUUGUCUUCGGAGAUACCGCACUGGAGCUGAUCCAGCUCUGCAGCCCAUCAUGAGUAUCAUGAUUGCUCGGUGGGGCGGCGAUGAUCCUGCUGAUCAUGAUGACAACGAUGGCGAAGGCGAUCCAAGCGGCGGCGAGGACGACGCUGAGGAGGACGGCGAUGCUCCAAUGGCUGCUGAUGAUGGGGAGGAGGCUCCUGCAUUGGAUGUUGGGGACCCCUACGUUCUAGCCGAUGGGCUCGAGUUCCAACCAUAUUCUGAUGAUGAGUGCAAUCUUCCUGCCGAGCCUUAUGAGAUCCCUGUGCUUGGGGACGGUGUGCCUACUCCCGAGCCUUCUGAGAUCCCUGUGCUUGGGGACAUGGUGCCUACUCCCGAGCCUUGCGAGAUGCCUGUGCUUGGGGACGAUGUGCCUACUCCAAACAAUCAGGAUUCUGCUGAGAUGCCGGGGGUUGUGCCUACUCCGGACCAUCAAGAGCCUGAGAUACCGGUGCUUGGGCAGCAAAUGCCUACUUGUGAGAUGCCGGGGGCCAUGGUGUGCCUACUCGAACCAAUCAGGUCUCCGGAGGCCAUGACCUGGGAAUGGUGGCAAAAGUUUGCCGAGAGGCGAGCCCUGAAAGCCAGUGCCAUGUGUGACCUAGCGACCCGAGCGCUUUGGACACCCAGCCCCACGACAUCUUCAUGCAGCCUCCUCCUGAGCCUCAAAGCAUUGAUCCUGCUAGUGAAGUUCGCCUGGCCCCUCCUCGUGAGCCUUUGCUUGCUGGUGAAGUUUGCCUGUCGCCUCCUCGUGAGCCUGAAAGCAAGCAUGCUGGUGAAGUUUGCCUCCCCCUUCCUCGUGAGCCUGAAAGCAAGCCUGCUGGUGAAGUUUCCCUGUCCACUCCUCGUGAGCCUGAAAGCAAGCCUGCUGGUGAAGUUUCCCCGACCCUUGAUGUUGCUGCCAGCGAAUGCAAGCCGCAAGCACUCUGGAUGCAUCAGUCCGAUCUCUGUGCAUGCAGCCGUUGCAACGGAGUCCAUCGUGCAGGUCUCGCCUCAGGAAGCCGUUGCCAAGGAGUCCACCACCUCGGCUUCCGACAAGCAAUUCAGUGUUCUGGAUUUCAAGGCACUUUCGGGACUUGCAGUUGAAGAGGUCAGCAGAACGGAUCAGUUCAAGGGCAAACGCAAGGCCGGCAAAGCUGCAGCUGAUGAUGAUGAGAUGAAAGAUGAUGAGGAGUGCCAGGAAAGCGAGGAAGAUGAUGAUGAGCCUGUGGUGAAGAAGCGACCGGCUGCCAAACGCAAGAUCUCGAAAGCCGGGGGCGAUGGAAAGGCCAAGGGACGUGGGAAAGGACGUGGGAAAGGCCGUGGACGCGGUGGGCAGAAGCCAGGCUCUUCUGCCCCCCCGAAAGCAAAGGCCAAAGCGAAGGCAGCAGGCAAGAAAGCUGCAAAACCAAAGGCGAACGGCAAAGCCGAGGAUGAGCCGGAGGAGCAGCCUGAUGAUUCACACCCCGAGGGCGCAGAUUCGCCAGGCGAAGCUACGCCCUGCAAAGCGAAGGCAGAGCCCAAGAGAGCAGGGAGACCCAAGGCGAAAGCCAAAGCAGCCGCGAAGCCGGUUGCCGAGGAAGAGGAGCCGUUCAAGGAGAAGGUGUUCGCUCGCCGUCAUCGCCCUAAUCCUCCAGACCAAUCGAUGCAAUGGCAAGCGAUCCGUGACAUCUUCGACAGCCACGUUAAGCCUUCCUUGCGAUUUCCUUCGAAACAUGAGUAUGCCUGGUACGACAAGAUCAAGCCCCUCUUGCCUGCGAACAGCACGAUCGAGGACUACCUCAAGAUUGCCCGUGACCGGGCGAAGGACUUCGUGAAGUCCGUCUCAAAGUGA